AUGCGCUGCUCACCAAACCCGCUUCUGCUGCGUCAAGCCAUACGGCAACGGCAGAAAACAUUCCCCUCGUUCAUCUCUCGUGGCUUGAGCGCAGAAGCACACUGCCGCCUGGAAAUCGAGUUGACUGCACCAAAUGGUGUCUCGUGGAAGCAACCACAGGGCCUCUUUAUCAACAAUGAGUUCGUCAAGAGCAGCAACGGCCAGCAGAUCACGACGGUCAACCCCUUCACCGAACAACCCAUCUGCUCCGUCCAUGCAGCCACAGAAUCCGACGUCGACUCGGCCGUCGCCGCCGCCCGUGCUGCCUUCAAGCACCCGUCCUGGCGUGACCUGUCGUCCUCGGCACGGGGCCAGCUCCUCCACAAGCUCGCCGACCUCGUCGAGGCCAACGCCCUGACGCUGGCCACCAUUGAGACGCUCGACAACGGCAAGCCCCUGUCGGCGAGCCUCACCCAGGACAUCCCAGACCUCGUGUCCGUGCUCCGCUACUAUGCCGGCUGGGCCGACAAGAGGCACGGCCAGACGAUGGACCUCGGCCCCGCCAAGCUGGCCUACACGCUGCGCCAGCCGCUCGGCGUCUGCGCUCAGAUCAUCCCCUGGAACUACCCGCUGUCCAUGGCCGGCUGGAAGCUGGCCCCGGCCCUCGCCGCCGGCAACACGGUCGUCCUCAAGCCCGCCGAGCAGACGCCCCUGUCCAUGCUCUACCUCGCCAGCCUCGUGCCCGCCGCCGGCCUGCCGCGCGGCGUGCUCAACGUGCUCAACGGCCGCGGCCCCGACGCCGGCGCCGCCCUCGUCGCCCACGCCGGCGUCGACAAGCUCGCCUUCACCGGCAGCACGCCGACCGGCCGCGCCGUCAUGCGCCUGGCCGCCGCCACCCUCAAGCCCGUGACGCUCGAGACGGGCGGCAAGUCGCCGCUGCUCGUCUUCCCCGACGCCGACCUCGACCGCGCCGCGCGCUGGGCCCACGACGGCCUCAUGGCCAACGCCGGCCAGGUCUGCACCGCCACCUCGCGCCUCCUCAUCCACGACGACGUCCACGACGCCUUCCUCGCGCGCUUCCUCGCCGUCGUCCGCGACGUCUCCGUGCUCGGCGACCCCUUUGCGCCCUCGACCUUCCAGGGCCCGCAGAUCACGCGCAAGCAGCAGCAGGACAUUCUCGCGCGCGUCGCCGACGCCCUCGCCGAGGGCGCGACCCUCGCCCUGGGCGGCGACGCCGCCAUGCCGCCGCCGUCGCGGCUGUCGUCCGCGUCGCCCGAGACCCCCGGCUUCUUCGUCCCGCCGACGGUGCUGACGGACGUGACGCCGCGCAUGCGCGUCUUCCACGACGAGAUCUUCGGGCCCUGCGCCGCCGUCACGCGCUUCCGCGACGAGGCCGAGGCCGCCGGCAUUGUCUGGAUCAACAGCAGCAACGACGCCGACUACCGCGUGCCCUUUGGCGGCGUCAAGCAGAGCGGCGUCGGCAGGGAGCUGGGCGAGGCCGGCAUCGAGGCGUAUACCGUGGCCAAGAGCGUGCAUGUCAAUCUCGAGGGGCCAUGA